CAACUCUCCAUCGACCCUCACCUCCUCUACAUUCCCUCUCUCAGUCUCGUGACAGGUAACGACGAAAGGGUUGUUCGAAACGCACAGACCUACCAAAAGCGUCCAACAAACAAUUGUUUGUUGUUGGGGACCCCGUAACCGUCUCGUACUUUGCAAAACUACGGUCCGUGGUCCGCGGUGGUCCAAGCGUCUAGCGUCUUUCACUCUGAUCUAACGCUUGACUUCCUUUCUUACCACCCGGCCGACUACCGACUGUGCCGGCUCUCGCUUUCACCCUCCCCGGUCCACUUGCACUUUGUCAAUACUACUCUCCCCUUUCCUACCCCCUUUCAUCUUGUCUCAAUUUCCCCUCAUAUGCUCUGAUUCUACCUACCUUGAAACUCACAUUCUUUCACCCACAUCCUUAUAAUCCAAAGAGCUUUCAACGCUCAUCACGCUCAUUUCAAAAACACACACCUCUACGGAACUUGCCUCAAUUGCCGCAACAAAAACGAUGCUCGGACUCGCGAAACUGGCUUUGGUCGGGUUGACCUCUUUACACUCUGUUCAUGCCGCCACCGCCGAUGACUGGCGAGGUCGAUCACUUUACCAAAUCAUAACAGAUCGAUUCGCCCCUCCGUCCGAUACCGCCCCAGCUCGGACAUCCCCUCUCCCCUCAACAUGCGACCCCUUGGCACAAACAUGGUGCGGAGGUACUUGGUUAUCCAUCAUCGACAAACUCGAUUACUUGCAGGGGAUGGGAAUUGAUUCUAUUUGGAUCUCACCUGUUUCUCGAAAUAUUGACGUGUACACACCCUACAAUUAUGCCUAUCAUGGGUAUUGGGUCAAUGACCCGACGACAUUGAACCCGCGAUUUGGUACCGAGUCUGAUCUUCUCGCGCUGUCAUCUGCAGUGCAUGAAAGAGGAAUGUACCUCAUGGUCGAUAUAGUGGUCAACAACAUUCCUUCACUCAGCGUAUCAGCCUCACUCUCUUCCUCUUCUUUGGUGGCGGACAAUUCGUAUUGGACAGAUCCGUCUGAUUUUCACCCUCAAUGUUGGAUAGAUUACAGCAAUGCUACUUCCGUUGAGUACUGCUGGCUCGGUGACGACAAGCUCCCCCUGAUGGACGUCAACACUGAGAAUCCCAAUGUUGUUCAAACACUCCAAUCGUGGAUCGCAAACUUCACCAAAGCAUACACCAUCGACGGUCUUCGUAUCGACGCUGCGAAACACAUUCCCGGGGAUUUCUGGCCUGGAUUCUGCGGAGCCGCAGGUGUGUUCUGUACCGGUGAGGUAUACGGUUCGGACAUAGGUUUCGCCUCUCAAUUCCAAACCCAACAAUGGAUGGAUUCUAUCCUCGGUUAUCCUCUGUAUUACUCCUUGGUGAACGCUUUCGGGGCCCCGAUGGCUAACAUGAGCGCUUUUGUCGAUAUUGGUAAACAAGUUUUAUCUUCUUUCCCUCAUCCGGAAUACUUAGCGAAUUUCUUGGAAAACCACGAUUUGCCAAGAUGGAGAAAUACAACGGUCGACCCUCAGUUGGCUUACAACGCUAUCGUCGCUCAACAUAUCUUUGAUGGGAUUCCUUUGAUUUAUUAUGGACAAGAACAAGAUUUCGGAGAUGGUGCGGCUGAUCCAUACAAUCGUGAAGCUCUUUGGCCUUCCGAUUAUGCAAAUACGACCACAUAUCAACGUAUAGGUCGUUUGAACAAGAUUAGGAAAGCUGUCAUUGCCAAUAAUACACAAUAUGCCGGACACAACUUUCUCGAUUCUCGUGCGACUUUCAUAGCUUCAUCGAAUUAUGACGUCGCGUUUAGAAAGGGACCUAUAUUGGCAGUCUUGACUAAUCGAGGGAGUCCGAGUCAAAAUGCGACGUUUGGAGUUGGACAGACGGGUUUCACGAGUCAGUCUGAUAUUGUCGAUGUCUUAUCGUGUAGUUUGUGGACCGUAGGAUCCGAUUCCACCAUUUCAGUCUCUUACGCUCCUCCCGGAUCAGGUGGAAUGCCCUACUUAUUCAUGACACAAGCAGAUGUCAUAGCCACGGGUCUUUGUUCCAAUUUAAAAAGUCAAACAUAUACAUCUUCCGAACCUACUCAAACUUCUUCAUCUCCUUCUCUUCAUCUCUCAUUCGGGUUCCUUUUCUCCGUAUUGUUCGGAUCAUUAUUGUGCCUCUUCGGAUCAUUCUUUAGUUUCGGUCCUUAUUCUUUAGGCAUCUUUUCAUGAUUCCAAACCCGACAUUCCACAUAAGUCACUCUUCCAUCUGAAUGAAAUAUGAUGGUCGAAAAAGUUGUGGAUACCAAACGCUUAGGGAGGAACGAUUUGUGUAGGUUAACGAGGGAGAUGAGGACGGAGGGGGAAUUCCGACAUGACAGUAAAACGCAACACACCACGAACAUUUGCCAUCCAAACAUUGUACCAACACCAUAAUUCAACAAAAGAAUCAAUCACAAAUCACGAAUUCCAAACUAUCUCCCAAUGUCAUUGUCAUUGUCACGUUGCCAGAUGCUGAUGCUGAUGCCUGAGGGAAAAGUAGGAAUAGGGGGAAAGAAUGUUGUAUUAGCUCUUUUGUUGUAGCUUUUAUCUUCUUCUGGGGGUUUCUUUGACCCAGAAAGAAGGGGAUGAAUAGGGAUGAGUCUUG